UCAUAAAUACACAGAGGUCACGUGUUUGAGUAGCUGUUAUCAUAUUUACAUCGCCUACAGAGUCGGCUCGUACAAAGAACUGUUCAUCAUUUGGACCAACGUCACGCAAAAUGGGAAAUAUACAACAGGUGCUCUACGUGAACUUUUGCAGAGAACGUUAUUUUUGAUCAGGAUUAUGUUUUUAAACUUGUUAAUAGAACGUUAAUAUUUUCUAACAUUUUUACUUGAUUUACGCGCUAAAAAAGAUGACUGCAGAAGGAAAGAGAGAUAUUGAAGCAGUCGAGUUUGAGACUGAUUCUGAAAUUUCUAAGAGAAAACUUUCACUGGUGCACGUGAUAAAAGCGAUUGCUGUUCGGGUGCUGCUGAUGACUCACAGUUUGGUGACCAUUUGGCGGACGGUUGACGUUCUGGAUGAUAAGUGGUACUGGUUUCUGGCGGCCGCAAACGUCUUUUUGAUUAUCGAUGGAUUCUACACAAUUUUCAGACUGAAGGGACAAGAACGAAAAUGGUUCUGCCCCUGUUUCCUGUUCUAUCUCUGCGGUACCAUUCCAGCUCUGUGGCUGCUGGAGAUGGACCGUAUCAAAAAGUACGACGCGUUGAACAGUAACGAAAACAUCACCAGCGAGGUUCAGGAACUAGCCAAUAUUGAAGGAGUUACCAUUCCUGUUAAACUAGACCCGGAUACUUGGAGAGAGGUGCUAGAACAAUCCAUGUUGUUCCUUCUGAUCAUAGGAAGAUGGAUGCUUCCUAGGGGGACCUUGACGCGAGAUCAACUCUCUCAACUCCUGUUUGUGUAUAUCGGGUCCGCCUCUGAUGUAAUGGAGCUCUUCGUGGUGUUCGAGGAACCGGAAGUUCGUGCGGAUACUGCCCUGACGUACGCCAUAUUUUCUGUAUGGACGUUAAGUUUGUUCCAGUUUACGCUGGUUUUGACCGCUACAAGAGACAGCAGACGAUCACAGGCUGUGAUAGAGGAUGGCGAGGGGAAUCAGACGUUCGAAAAACGACAAGGUUGUGGGUUUUGCUCAUGUGGGAAACUUUUCGAAUUGGAACUUUGGAGUUUAAUGAUUUCCAUCAUGAUCAUGGAUGGUCCUUUUUUGGCUGUAAGAGUCUACGCCUUAGUACGCUACCAGUUGAUCACUUUUGGGAUAUUAUUUUUCGUUUGCAAGAACUCACUGAUGAUUGCUCUGCUGUUUUACCGAAUUAUUGUCGUCUGCCAUAAAAUUUACAGUGAUGAUGACGACGACGAAGAAGAAACACACGAAAAAGUCAGCAAAAAAGGAAACCGUGUUUCCGAUAUAAAUUAUAAUAAGACUCAAACUAAAAGCUUGAAAGGUCCACCCGUGAAGAAGACAUCAAACCUUUCAAGUCGGCCAUAUUCGUCAUCCACUAAAACAACUAGGCUUGAUGACGAUAUAAGCAACGUUGACGAAUGGUAAACACAACAGCCGUUUUGUCACAUUAGCAUAAAGUUAUGUGAAAAAUUUUGAAUUUAACGGUUGGCAGUAGAUACAAAAAUUUGCUACUUGUACAUUUUUAUUUACAGCCACCUCAAAUUAUUUUCUUACUGCAGUGCCCCUUGGUUAAUUCAAAUUUAUAACAUUUAACAAAUUUGUUAACAUACACCGUACAACGUACAAUGUUCAUCGUUAUUCUGUUACGAUGAACAUUGCUUUGACCAGGGUUAACUGUAUCAUUUUAUCGCGUCUUUAUGAUGAAAUAAGCGAACAGUUGAAGUCUUUAUAUAUUCAAAAUGAUAUACCCUGAAAUCAUUUAAUGUACAUAUGAAAAACUGUCAUGCAUUUUAAGUCAUAAGGUUUAAACGCAUAAUGGAAGAACUGCAAUCGUCAGUUGGCAAAGAAACAAUUGAAACAAACUUAUUUUAGCACAAGUGCCAUCAAAUGCGUCUUCUUGUGUUUGUAGAUACAUGUACCAUUGCUUAUGAUAAGGAAACCAUUAAAAAUAAAAUGAAAUUAAAGUGCCAACAAAG